CCAUGGGGGAGCUGUUCCGCAGCGAGGAGAUGACCCUGGCGCAGCUGUUCCUGCAGUCCGAGGCCGCCUAUUGCUGUGUCAGCGAGCUGGGCGAGCUGGGCAAGGUCCAGUUCCGCGACCUGAACCCGGACGUGAACGUUUUCCAGCGCAAGUUCGUCAAUGAGGUCCGGAGGUGCGAGGAGAUGGACCGAAAGCUCAGGUUUGUUGAGAAGGAGAUCAAAAAAGCAAAUAUUCCUAUCACGGACACUGGUGAAAACCCAGAGGUGCCUUUUCCACGUGACAUGAUUGACUUGGAGGCAAACUUUGAGAAAAUUGAAAAUGAGCUGAAAGAAAUCAACACAAACCAGGAAGCUCUGAAGAGGAAUUUCUUGGAGCUGACAGAACUAAAAUUUAUACUCCGUAAAACUCAGCAGUUUUUUGAUGAGGCUGAAUUGCAUCAUCAGCAGAUGGCGGAUCCAGACCUGUUGGAGGAAUCCUCUUCGCUCCUGGAACCAAGUGAGAUGGGAAGAGGAGCCCCGCUGCGCCUCGGGUUUGUGGCCGGUGUGAUCAACCGGGAGCGGAUCCCGACCUUCGAGCGGCUGCUCUGGCGCGUCUGCCGAGGGAACGUCUUCCUGCGCCAGGCGGAGAUCGAGAACCCCCUGGAGGACCCUGUGAUGGGGGAUUAUGUGCACAAGUCUGUGUUUAUCAUCUUCUUCCAAGGUGACCAGCUGAAGAACAGAGUCAAGAAGAUCUGUGAGGGAUUCCGUGCCUCCCUCUACCCAUGCCCAGAAACACCGCAGGAGCGGAAGGAAAUGGCUUCUGGUGUCAAUACCAGAAUUGAUGAUCUUCAGAUGGUGCUGAACCAGACUGAGGAUCAUCGCCAGCGGGUUUUGCAGGCGGCUGCCAAGAGCAUCCGUGUGUGGUUCAUCAAAGUGCGCAAGAUGAAGGCCAUUUACCACACCCUGAACCUCUGCAACAUCGACGUGACACAGAAGUGCUUGAUUGCUGAGGUCUGGUGCCCUGUUGCUGACCUGGACUCCAUCCAGUUUGCUCUCCGGAGAGGCACUGAGCACAGUGGAUCCACUGUCCCAUCUAUUUUAAACAGGAUGCAAACCAAUCAGACCCCGCCAACAUACAACAAAACUAACAAGUUUACUUCUGGUUUUCAAAACAUUGUUGAUGCUUAUGGCAUUGGAACAUACCGGGAAAUAAAUCCAGCACCGUACACCAUCAUCACCUUCCCCUUUCUGUUUGCUGUCAUGUUUGGAGAUUUUGGCCACGGGAUCCUGAUGACCCUGAUUGCUGUCUGGAUGGUGUUAAGGGAAAGUCGGAUUCUGUCACAGAAGAGUGACAAUGAGAUGUUCAACAUGGUUUUCAAUGGCCGAUACAUCAUUCUGCUGAUGGGCCUGUUCUCCACCUACACAGGCCUCAUCUACAAUGACUGCUUCUCCAAGUCUCUCAAUCUGUUUGGUUCCUCAUGGAGUGUCCGGCCCAUGUUCUACCCCAGAGGCAACUGGACAGAUGAGGUGGUUGCCACCACUCCCCUGCUGCAGCUGGACCCGGCUCUCGCAGGGGUGUUCGGCGGACCCUACCCCUUCGGCAUCGACCCGAUUUGGAACAUUGCCACCAAUAAGCUGGCCUUCCUCAACUCCUUCAAGAUGAAAAUGUCUGUGAUUCUUGGCAUCAUCCACAUGCUCUUUGGUGUCACGUUGAGUCUUCUCAACCACAUCUAUUUUAAGAAGCCACUGAACAUAUACCUGGGAUUUAUUCCAGAAAUGAUUUUCAUGUCAUCCCUGUUUGGAUACCUUGUUAUUCUCAUUUUCUACAAGUGGACAGCCUACGAUGCUCACACCUCGAAGGAGGCACCAAGCCUUUUAAUACAUUUUAUCAACAUGUUUCUGUUCUCCUAUUCUGACACCAGUAUUAAGAUGCUCUAUAAAGGGCAGCAAGGGUUCCAGUGUUUCCUCGUGGUGGUGGCGUUGCUGUGUGUGCCAUGGAUGCUGGUAGCUAAACCCCUGGUCCUUCGCCAUCAGUAUUUGAGGAGAAAGCACUUGGGAACGCACAACUUUGGUGGCAUCCGGGUGGGCAACGGGCCAACCGAGGAGGAUGCAGAGAUCAUCCAGCAUGACCAGCUGUCUACCCAUUCCGAGGAGGGGGAGGAGCCUACAGAGGAUGAGGUGUUUGACUUUGGGGACACCGUGGUGUACCAGGCCAUCCACACCAUUGAGUACUGCCUGGGCUGCAUUUCAAACACGGCUUCCUACUUGAGGCUCUGGGCUCUCAGCUUAGCCCAUGCACAGCUCUCAGAGGUGCUCUGGACCAUGGUGAUCCACGUUGGCCUCAGCGUGAGGAGUCUGGGUGGAGCCUUUGGCCUCUUCUUCGUAUUUGCUGCUUUUGCUACCCUGACAGUAGCAAUUCUCCUGGUCAUGGAGGGGCUUUCUGCCUUCCUCCAUGCUCUUCGCUUGCACUGGAUUGAGUUCCAGAACAAGUUCUACACUGGCACUGGAUUCAAGUUUCUCCCUUUCUCCUUUGAUACCAUCCGUGAAGGGAGGUUUGAAGACUAA